CCACCCGGAACCUUGGUGCCGUGACGCUAGUUUCCGGCGGGCUCCUUAGAGUGUGGAACAGCUUUGGGGCAAAGGACCAUGAGAGGGCCGGAGCCGGGUCCCGAACCCACAAUGGAGGGGGACGUGUUGGACACACUAGAGGCGCUGGGGUACAAGGGACCACUGUUAGAAGAGCAAGCCCUUAUCAAGGCAGCAGAGGGUGGACUUGCUUCACCUGAGUUUUCAGAGCUCUGUGUUUGGUUAGGCUCUCAGAUAAAAUCAUUGUGCAACUUGGAAGAAAGUAUCACUUCAGCUGGGAGAGAUGAUCUAGAAAGCUUCCAGCUUGAGAUAAGUGGUUUUUUAAAGGAAAUGGUGUGUCCAUAUUCUGUACUCAUAUCAGGAGAUAUUAAAGACCGUUUAAAAAAGAAGGACGACUGUUUGAAACUUCUACUAUUUUUAAGUACAGAGCUUCAAGCUUUGCAGAUAAUACAGAACAAGAAAUGCAAAAAUUCUCAAUUAGAUAAAAAUAGUGAAAUUUAUCAGGAAGUUCAAGCUAUCUGUGAUACCCUUGGUGUUCCCAAGUCAACAACUUCUGACAUUCCACUUAUGCUAAGCCAAGUGGAAUCAAAGGUGAAAGAUAUUCUCUCAAAAGUCCAGAAAAAUCACGUGGGAAAACCACUGUUGAAAAUUGAUUUAAACCUGGAACAGGCGGAACAACUGGAAAGAAUUAAUGAUGCUCUUUCCUGUGAAUAUGAGUGCCGCCGGCGGAUGUUGAUGAAACGAUUAGAUGUAACGGUGCAGUCCUUUGGUUGGUCUGAUAGAGCAAAGGUAAAAACAGAUGACAUAGCAAGAAUUUAUCAGCCAAAGCGUUAUGCUUUGUCACCCAAGACAACAAUAACAUUGGCACAUCUACUUGCUGCCCGAGAAGAUCUGUCCAAGAUCAUCAGGACAAGUAGUGGUUCCAGCCGGGAGAAGACAGCAUGUGCCAUUAAUAAGGUGCUGAUGGGAAGGGUGCCUGACAGGGGAGGACGGCCGAAUGAAAUUGAACCACCACCCCCUGAAAUGCCCCCUUGGCAAAAGAGACAAGAAGGCGGCGGAAGGGGUGGUUGGGGUGGUGGAGGUGGAGGUGGAGGUAGAGGAGGUGGUGGGGGUGGAAGAGGUGGUUGGGGAGGUGGAGGAGGUUGGGGAGGUGGUGGGGGAGGAGGAGGGGGGUGGAGUGGAGGUGGAGGAGGGGGUGGUAGAGGAGGGGGUUUCCAAGGCAGAGGAGAUUAUGGUGGUAGGGGAGAUUAUGGUGGAAGAGGGGGAUAUGGGGGAAGAGGGGGCUAUGGUGGAAGAGGUUAUGGAGAUCCAUAUGGAGGAGGUGGUGGUGGAUAUAGAAGAUACUAAAAACUACAAAAUAUAGAUAGCAGUGCUGACUUCUUGAUACAUUAGGCAUAGUGUUCUAAAUAACUACUUGAAAGUCAUCUUUGAACUAAACACCAUGUUAGAUUCCCUGAUACAUUCUUAGAUUGGGUUUAAUAUGUAAAGAGGAUUGUUUUAUACUACUAUUUGAUCUCUUAGACAAAGUGAUGAUUUUUUCCAUAUUCUGUGUACCCUUGAGCAUGUUGUCUUUUUAAAAAACAAAAAAAUUAGCAAAAAUUAUUUUUAAAAAUGUAAAUAUAUUAUUACCAUCAAACUUGGAAAAUGGAAAGUAUUUUAUUGCCAUGAUUGAAUUUAGAUUGUAACCUGUAUUUUUAUUCAGGUGUGAGACACUUAAUAAUUGACCCUACUUUGUAGUGGAAAGGAAUAUAGACUAUUGCCUCAUCUGUAUUCCUGUGGCUCUGUUUUGUAUUUGUUAAUUCUACUUUACAAAGUAGGGAAGGAGACUGAUAGUUGUGUUCAGUAGGAAGUUGUCCUGACUUGUUUUUUCUUUCAUGUGAGCAGUUCCUCUGGCCAGAUUUCUGUUAAAUUUCCAUUAAUUGAAGCCCACAUCAAUUUUGUGCUAUGCAUAUUUAAUUUAUUUUCCAACUGGAUUUGAAAUAUGUGUGAUUUUAUUUGACUGACAGAGCAGAAUUCAAGAUUAAGGUCAUAAGUACUCAAAAGGGACAAAGACAUGUAGUAAUUUUACAUGAUGAUCUGAGAAAAAAAAUUCUGUGAAUCGGUUUCUUCAUCAUUUGUGCUAUGGGCAUCCAAAUAUUAAAAGGCAGGCUGCACUGUUACAUAGGAUUAGGACACUUCAGGUAGCUGUGAGGUAAGGCUAAGGCAUCCCUUGGCAGUUCUGAUUCAUAGCCAGAUUUGGGAAACACAAGGUUUAGGGAAUGGUUAAAUGUGGUUUGGUGGUUGGAGCAGUCAGAGGCUUGGGGAUAGGAGCUGUGAAUUUGAAUCAUGGCACUAGCCCAGGGGUGCUAUGGCUGAAAUGGUCAUAGCUUUCAAGGAUUGAUUAAAUCCUUAUUUGUCAAAUGAGGAAUGGGACAUUUAUGCCCUUCUCAGGUUUUUUAUAAAGACCUAAGUGCAAGUCCAAUUUGUUGAGACCUGCUGUGAAUGUUUGAGGUGGCCCAGGUAAUGCAUUUUUCUCCUAGUAUAUAUAGAGAAAAAGAUACAGUCACAUUAAUUUUUUUCAAUCCUACUAUAAAUUCUGUAGGCUUCUGUUCAACCUCUGUGCAUAACAACUUUCUAUGGUCUAAUCAACUUAGCAGAUAGACGGUUGAGUGCCAGUGGACAAAUGGUUAUUCUUAUAUGUUUUAUAGAAAACCCCAGUGGCAAAAUCUAAAAUAAUGUUAAAACUUUGUUAAUUUUUUUUAGGGCCGCACCCAUGGCAUAUGGAGGUUCCCAGGCUGAGUGUCAAAUCGGAACUGUAGCUGCUGGCCUACACCACAGCCACAGCAACGUGGGAUCUGAGAGCUGCAACGUGGGAUCUGAGAGCUGCGACCUACACCACAGCUCAUGGCAAUGCCGGGUCGUCAAUCCACUGAGCGAGGCCAGGGAUCGAACCCUAGUCCUCAUGGAUGCUAGUCAGAUUUGUUUCUGCUGAGCCACAACGGGAACUCCAUGUUAAAACUUUAAAUAGUGUGUAUAUCACAGUCUUGGUCAUAUAUUUUUCAAGCUAAUCCUUCAAAGAAAUUUGUUCAGGAUAGGAAAACAAAUUUUUUUGAUUAUUUGUAAACUUAGAUUUUUAAAAAAUGUUUAUAUUUAAUGAAGAGGCUUAAUUUCAUUUGUGGUAGUUGAAAAAAAACCUUUCCAUAUUUAAGGAAACAAUUUUAUCAAUAGCUAUAAACUGAAAAAUAAUUUUUAAAAAUAUAUAAGCAAAGAACACUAAAGUAAAAAUAUCUGAAGUUAUUAGUUAAAACGUUCAUUUAAAACCUUUACAUUUUUGCUUAAUUUCUUUUCAGGAGCUUUAGUUGCUGAUACAGGUCAGGUUACAACUACUUUGCAGCUUUUUUUUUAUCACUAAAGGUUUAUGGCAAAUAAUGGUAGAAACAUUAAUUUAUCAAUUUCUGUAAGGUUUCUUUGUACUUUCACAGGAGUGCUACUCACUAUAAAACAGUGUAAGUUUAGCACUUGCUCCUGGAAUCAUGUUGAAGCUGGAACCGUUCUUAUUUACACAUUCCUAUAAACUUGACUUGAAUGAAGUGGUCUAGACCAUAAUAAUACCUUUUCUUUCCUAUGAGGUAGGAUUUUCAUUGUAACCUUCUUUCAGUUAAAAUUUCUUUCUUAAAAAAUGUUUGCUAAGCAGUAUCUAGAAUAGCAGUAAGGCAAUUUGGGGCAUUAACGUGAAAGACCAUAAUGUGCAAAUUCUUUAUAAGUUGAGUGCAGAACAAAUGUAAAGUAUGAUAAAUAGCAUUUCACUCCAUCCUAAAAUCUAACUACUUUUUCUGUGUUACUUCAUCAUCAUUUUUUUUUGCCCUGUUGUCAGGUUUUUUUUUUUUUUUUUUUUUUUUUUUUUUUUUUUUUUUUUCCUACUAUCUCAUUUUCCCCCUCUCCUUUUUUCUUCUUUCUGCUUUGGUCUAUCCUGUCGUAUCUAAUUGCACCUCUACAUUGACCUUACUGGAAGCUUCUGGAUUAAAGAAGUCACUGGCCUCUUACCUGGACCUGUUUAUCCAUACGUAAUUGUCACACCAUUAACACAUAAGUUGUCAGUAAAGGAAGGGAUCAGGUGGAGUUAUGCUCUUGGCGCAGUGGAUUAAUGAUCCAGCUUCUGUCUGUGGAGAUGCUGGUUUAAUCCCUGGCCCAACACAGUGGGUUAAGGAUCUGGUGUUGCUGCAGCCGUGGUCGCAGCUCAUAGCUCUGGUUCAAAUUAUGGCUGUCUCUAAUUACUUUAAAUAAGCAUGAGGACAAAUAAAUUGCUCUGGGUGGUCUGUACACUGGAUCAAACCAUUGUCUAUCAAUUACACCCACAGUUUCAAACUUUCUCUUCCUUACUUGCCUAGUUUUCUUAGAUAGAACUGUGGAACUAAAGAUGAAAGCCACAGAGAAAUGACAGCUUCGUCUCCUUCAGUGUUAAGUAUUUAUAGACAAUAUCAGGGGGUCACUGUUAAGUCAUUAUGCAAUAAGAUAGGGAAAGGUUGAAUAUUUCUGUAUAUUACCACUUCACGUUACAAAAAGGUUUAGAAAAAUGUAUACUGAAGAAUUAGUUGCUUUGCUUUUCCCUUCAGGAAGAUUUUGUUAAUACAUUAGAGAGUGGUUUCAGUUUUUGAUUAUAGUAAAAAUUCAGGUGAAGCUUUUACUUAUUCAUGAACUAGAAAAAACACAAGACAGACAUCUAUGUUGCAGGGUUCCUAAUGCCUUUAUCAUAUAAAUAUUACACAAAGAAAACUUACAUGAGGUAUAAAAAAAAAAACAAACACCUUUAUAAUCUAUACAUAUUUUACCUUGCAGUUCUUGUACAUUAUACAUCUUGAAACAGAAAUUCACAAAUGGACAGUAAAAGGGCAAAUCAAUUACCCAAGAAAAUUCUGGAAUGCUUGAGACAUUAAUUAAUUUGACUAAGGAUUCUGUGAUCUUUUCAAUUCUCUAGGUUAUAAAUUAUUUGCACAGAAAAUAACCUGGGCUCUGUAUUUUGGAUGGGGGGUAAGAAUAAAGAAAUUCAAUUGUGUUAUGUAAUAA